AUGCCCCUUGCUGCAUAUCGUUGCACAAUGCGCAAACGCGGAUCUGGGUGAGAAGUAUGAUAGCGAGCUAGCUAUUCCUCCCCCAUCACACGGGCUCAACUCUAGCCAAUCUGUUACUGUGAACGUUGAAAACGUUUAUUUGUACCUGCCUAGCAACCUAGCUAGCUUGUUUCAAUGUAACUAUGAGCUAACGUUAGCUAGGUUGCAAGUUAGCGUGAAUUGCUGCAGUGGCAGUUUGCGAAGGAAGGAGCAGGUACUCGGCAGUCCAAGCCGCCAAACAUAAGUUACCUGUCUGACACUGACGAGUGAUGGAGGCCCCACCAGUCUCAGUGCUGCCCAUCACGGGGGGCACAAUUAACAUGAUGGAGUACCUGCUGCAAGGCAGCGUCUUGGACCAGGCCCUCGAAAGCCUAUUGCACCGCCUCCGGGGCCUUUGUGACAACAUGGAACCCGAGACAUUUGCCGACCAUGAGCUGGUCUACCUCCUGAAGGGCCAGCAGGGCAACCCGUUCCUGUUGCGAGCCCGCCGCUCCCUCUCCCACCCCACAGUGCCCUGGCACCUGCGCUACCUGGGUCAGCCGGAGGUGGGUGACAAGUCCCGCCACGCGCUGGUUCGCAACUGUGUGGAUGUGGCCGCCUCGCACAGCUUGCCCGACUUCCUCAAUGAAAUGGGCUUCCGCAUGGACCACGAGUUCAUAGCCAAGGGCCACAUUUUCCGCAAAGGUGUGCUCAAAGUGGUAGUUAGUAAACUGUCUCGCAUCCUGGUCCCCGGGAAUACAGAGAACACUGAGCCGCUGUCCCUCUCCUACCUGGUGGAGCUCAGUGUAUUGGCCCCUGCGGGCCAGGAUACCAUGUCAGAGGACAUGCGCAGCUUCGCUGAGCAGCUCAAGCCCCUGGUUCACCUGGAGAAGAUUGACCCCAAGAGACACAUGUAAGAAGGAGUGUUUUAUGAUGAGCCUCUGUUGGCUGUCAUGGACAAAGUGUAGUUUUUAUUAAAACAUUUUUUUUUUUUUUACAUGGGACUUAUUUUUGUAUGAUUCCUAUGAGAAAGCGCUUUCCCACAGUAUUUUGUCUCUGUAAAUGAACUCUAGAUCUCACAAUCUUGAUGCGUGUCUCGUACAUUUGGAGAAGGACCAUCUGUCAUUUGGAUGUUAGUGGUGUUUGACAAGGACUUCACAGGAGGUUUAUGACAUAGCCAACAUGGCUGAUGUGACAAAUGAGGCUUUGAAUGAGUCAAUAAAUAACAAUGUUUCUAUUCACAGUGCCGAACUCUUAGAAUAUACGUUUUGUGUAGUGCUUUGUUCUGAUUUUGAGAUGUUUUAAGAAAUGCACAGCGCUAUAGUGUUUAUAAAAAAAUGUUUUUCUCAACUCAA